AUGGCGUUGUGUCCUCUGUGUGGCCCCAAACUGUCCAUCUGUUGCUCCCUUCUGUCCAUUUGGGGGAUCAUUAUGUUGACGAUAAUGGGGGGACUCCUGAAGAUGAGGUCCGUUGCGUUCGCCGAAGACCUGCUGAAGGACGAGAAGGCCGCAGACAUCGACGCCUUUAUGAAGAUCGCCGACGAGAAGUACGACAACGCGGCCGUCAGCACAUGGAUGGCCGCCGCCAUAUAUGUGGCCACUCUUGCCUUCAGUCUCUUCCAGGCCUUCCUCAACAAGAAGGCCGACAAACUGUAG